AUGGCACUACACAAGCUCCAAGUCGCAGUUGCAGGCCUUGGCCGCAUGGGCGCUCGCCACGCCCUUAACUUCCUCAACAGUGUUCCCCGCGCUGAGCUUGUCGCUGCUUUCUCGCCAGAGCCCAAGGAACUUGAAUGGGCUAAGGUACACCUUGAGCCCUUCGGCGUCACGCUGUACAGCGACUACAAGAAGAUGCUGGAACACCCGGGCCUGGAGGCUGUCUGCAUCGGUACAGCAACAUCUGUCCACGCUGAGGAGUCUAUCCAGGCAAUGGAUAAGAACUUGCACGUGCUAUGCGAGAAACCACUCUCGACAACUGUGAAGGUCUGCCAGGACGUUGUCGAUCAUGCAGCAAAGAAGCCUCACCUGAAAGUCAUGUGUGGCUUCUCCAGGAGAUUUGACGCCAGUUACCGCGAUGUAGCAGAGAAGAUUGAGGCCGGCAAGAUCGGUCGCCCGACUAUCCUGCGCUCACAGACGUGCGACAAGCACGACCCAUCAGGGACAUUCACCACACGCUUCUUCGUCGCCUACGCCGCCUGGUCCGGCGGUGUCUUCGUUGACAUGUCCGUCCAUGAUAUCGACCUCACACUGUGGUACUUCGGCUCCUCCGUAGUCCCCAAAUCGAUCUCCGCCUACGGCGUCGUCGCUGUCCAGCCCGGCCUCAAGAAAUACAACGACUACGACAACGCCGUCGGCAUCAUCGAGUUCUGGGACGGCCGCAUCGCGCACUACUACGCGUCACGCAUGAUGCCGCACGGGCAGGAGGACGUGACCGAGAUUAUCGGCACAAAGGGCAAGCUCACCGUCAACCUGAACCCCCAGAAGAACUUAGUAAACUACUACCACAGUGGUGGUGUUACGCGCGAGGUGCCGCUUGAUUACUGGGGAAGGUUUGAGCAGGGGUUUGUAAGUGAGGCGAAUGAGUUCACCAAGGCUUGCCUCGAUAACACACCGGUGCCGUUGGAGUUCAACAAUGCGGUGAAGGCUGUGCAAAUUGGUGCUUGGUUGCAGGAGGCGCUGAUCAGUGGGAAGCAGAUCAAGUUUGAUGAGAGUGGGAAGCGGACUGAGAAGUCGAACUUGUAAGGCUUGAUAUUUCUAGAGGAAGGGUAGAAGAUUGUUGAGAGCAAAAGCAUGCAGAUAGAACGCACAAUUCUAGGGCAUUGAUUGCUCACAUCGUUGCUGCCGUAUUCAGGUAAUGGUCAGCUCGGUUCGGCCGUUCUCCAUAUCACUGC